AACCACUCAUUCUCGUCCAUCCAGUCAUUCAUUCAUCCAGUCACUCAUUAAAAGAUAUACACUCCUUCAAAAUGAAGUUCUUCACCAUCGCCGCUCUCGCCGCCACCGUCGCUGCCCUCCCCAGCCCCCAAGUCAACAACAACGACAGCGUCCGCUUCCCCGUCGGCAACGACGUCGACGUGCACCAGGCCCAGGCCAAAUGCGGCGACCAGGCUAAGCUCUCCUGCUGCAACAAAGCCUCGUACUCGGGCGACACCACCGCCGUCAACAACGGUCUGCUCUCUGGUGUCCUGUCCGGUCUGCUCGGGGCUGGCGGCUCCAGCGAGGGCCUCGGCCUGUUCGACCAGUGCAGCGAGCUCAGCGUGACGGCUCUGCUUGGCUUGAACAAUCUCGUCAACCAGCAGUGUAAGCAGAAUAUUGCUUGCUGCCAGAACUCCGAGUCGAAUGCUAAUGGCGGCCUCAUCAACGUUGCCGUGCCCUGCAUUGCGCUCGGCUCGAUCCUCUAAACUGCACAUACGCCUGGACAUUUUGGAUUUGCUGUAUAUUGGCAUCUCUCGUGUGAGAGGAUUACUAUCGGAUGGGUGAUACGCUCUUUCGUCUUUCUUUCUGUAUCAAUUUUCCCAGGGAUUGUGGAUAGCACUGUUAUAUAGUGUGAAUAACCAUUUUAUACUAUCUUCUUCAGAUAUUGUAGAGAUUAAUGAUCAAGACAACUCCAACCUCAACGCAUCGUACUGCACAUACACCGUAGCAGGUAAAAU